GUCUGGUACUGCUUCAAAAUUCUUCUGACUUCUCUUAUAAUCCACACUCCUUCCACGAUGGAAACAUCAACUGACUAUUCGAACCAUAAGAUUCUUUCCAACUCCAUUGUCUACUGAAGGAAAGCCAGCAUGGGAUUCAAGAUAAUCAUUGUCGGCGGCAGCAUAUCCGGGCUGUCGCUUGCCAAUAUGCUCGAACGGUCUGAUAUCGAAUAUAUUCUUUUAGAACGACGUAGCAGAAUCGCCCCUCAACUUGGAGCUAGCAUUGGUCUUCUUCCUAGCGGUCUGCGCAUUUUGGACCAAUGGGGCUGUUAUGAGAAAAUUAGGGAGGCCGCCGGAGAUGUCUAUUACCGCACCAGUAUGCGCCUGUUUAGCGGAAAGACUUGGACUGAUACGAAGCCUGUCUCGUUCUCACAACAACUUGAAGAUAGGUACGCCAACUAGUUACUGAACUUAACCCGUAGAUCUAUCAAGACUAAGAACUAAUGGCUCCUUUUUUGUCUAGACUUGGCUACCCACAGAUAUUCAUUGACCGCAAAACCCUUCUACAGGUUCUGUUUGAUAAGCUCAUGUUCAAGGACCGAGUUUUGACCAACAAAAUGGUUGUAAGUGUGGAUAUGUCGGGUGAACACGUCACUGUUCAGACACAUGAUGGUUCUGUCUACUCUGGGGACAUCGUUGUCGGAGCUGAUGGCGUCCACAGCACGAUUAGAAGUGAAAUGUGGCGUCUUUCUCAAAAGUCACAUUCUGGUCUGUUCAAUGUUCAAAGCAGAUCCGAUUGACGGUUUGCAGUCGGAAUCAAGAUGCAUCUUUGGAAUAUCGAAACAACCCGCGGGAAUGCCCGGCAAUGCAAUUCAAGUCAACUCGUUCUUUAAGAGCUGUAACUACAUGAUGUUAUCUGCCCCCGACAGCCUUCUGUACUGGUUUUUGUUCACAUCGUUGGACAGGACAUGUGGCAAAUCCAUUCCCAAGUUUACAAAGGAAGACGAGCGCGCUCUAGCGGAGAACCACUUUGAUGACCAGGUUACGGAGACAACUACAUUCCGUGAGAUAUACGCCAACAGACUGCACACGACUCUGGUGGCCCUGGAGGAUCAUGUAUUUCCUAAUGGCAUUUUCGGAGAAUCACUACGAUCGGCGACGCCGCUCAUAAAGUCCAUCCCAUCAGUGCUCAAGGCGGUAAUGGCGCCAUGGAGACUGCCGCUGUUCUUGUGAACACUCUCAGACGGAAGAUGGCCAAUCAAUCGUCUAAAGGAAAUCUCAAUGAAGACGACAUUGAGUCUGUUUUUGCGGAAGUUCAAGCCAAACGCUUCAGUCGUGUUGAGGAUGCCGUCAAUCAGGGACGCCGAACCACAGCAGCAUCCAUCAAAGAGACCUUUUUCUCUCGUCUAUUUGUGGAUUACUUCUUUCCGAGAUUUGGCCAAAGCUUAAUCUGGAGUCUGGUCAUAGAAAAACACUGAGACCGGGCCAACCAUUGACGACAUUCCAACUCCAGCAAGAUAUGAGAAGGCCAUCAUCCGCCAC